CAUCUGUUCUCCAAUCCUUCUACAAGCUCCGAACCUAGUAUCUAUCAAUAUGGACCAACAGUCUACACGAGAUCUCAGAGCAGACGUAUCCAAGAUCCUCGGCGUUCUCGACGACAUGCAGGACAACGUCGAUGGCGUUCUCGAUAGCUCCAUUGCCGCAGAUCGCGCGAAUCCACCCGUCGUGUUCGGCGCUGGGGGUCCUAUGUUGAAGAUGUUCGAUGAAUCGACGCAGUCGAGUCGCAAGGGCUCGCAGGCACCGACACCCCCUCGUUCAGUCGUAGGCAUUGGCAACAAAGUUGCGAAGCCGGACUACUCGGAAGCCAAGAUCGUCGUGGCCAUGGUCGGCCUUCCCGCCAGAGGAAAGUCGUUUCUCAGCAAUAAGCUGAUGCGAUAUCUCAAGUGGCUGGAGUACGACGUCGAGGUCUUCAAUGUCGGGCAGCUGCGGCGCGCGAGGGCUCGUCAGAAGGCUCAGCAGAGUGGUAUCAAGGAAGACCAUACCGCAACCUACUUCAGCCACGAGAACGCCGAGGCCACCAAGAUCCGGGAUCAACUUGCGACGGACAGUUUGGAAAUGCUGAUACAGUGGCUUAGGAAGGGAGGAAACGUUGGCAUACAUGAUGCGACAAACAGCACCAUCAACCGGAGAUCCAAGAUCUCCGCCCGCGUCGCCCAAGAACGCGGCAUCGAAGUCAUCUUCCUCGAGUCCGUGUGCAACGACCCAGCCGUGAUCGCCGCCAACGUCGCGCUCAAAGUCUCCUCCGGCGACCCCGACUACUCGGGUCUGCCGCGCGAAGAAGCGAAGCGCGACUUCCUGACGCGCAUCCGGCAGUACGAGUCCGUGUACGAGACGAUCACGGAGCCGCACCUCUCGUACCUGCGCAUCACGGACGUCGGGAACGAGGUCACGCUCUCGCACAUCAACGGGUACCUGCAGAGCCGCAUCGCGUUUUAUCUGAUGAACCUGCACGUGAAGCCGCGGAGCAUCUUUUUUUCGCGGCAUGGUGAGAGCCAGUAUAAUGUGCUCGGAAGGAUAGGAGGGGAUUCGCCGUUGUCGCCGCGGGGCGAGCAGUAUGCGAAGGCGCUGCCUGAUCUUGUAAGGGACAAUAUUGGCGAUGCGCCGUUGACUGUGUGGACCUCGACGCUCCAGCGCACGAUCCAGACAGCAGGUGGGCUCAACUACACCCAGCUGACCUGGAAGUCGCUGGACGAGCUGGACGCGGGCGUGUGCGAUGGCAUGACGUACGAGGAGAUCGAGCAAGCAUACCCGGAGGAUUUCGCGAACCGCGACGAAGACAAGUUCAACUACCGCUAUCGCGGCGGCGAGUCGUACCGGGACGUGGUUGUUCGGCUGGAGCCCGUUAUUAUGGAGCUGGAGCGGCAGGAGAACAUCCUGAUCAUCGGGCAUCAGGCUAUUCUUCGUUGUCUAUACGCCUACUUCCAUAAUCUCCCGCAGGCUGACCUGCCGUACAUCAAGAUCCCGUUGCACACGGUGAUCAAGCUCACGCCGAAAGCGUACGGUUGUGACGAGGAGCGGUAUAAAGUGCCAAUCAACGCCGUGGACACGCACCGUCCGAAACCCAAGGCCGCUGGGCUUGGGCUCGAUGCGGCACCGCCACCAACGGCUCGGGAUUAUUAUGGGAGCAAGCAGUGAAGAAGUAAUGUGAUGUGGUGUUGAGAUGAUGGCGAGAGUUUUCAAAUGCACACCUGUGUUAGACUUGUAUUUUUAACUUGCCUUUCGAUCCAGCUUGGCGGUUUCCUGUCAUUUGC